AUGCCUGUGGAUCAUGUCUUCUUUAUUAAUAACCUCCACGCUGGGUUAUGGCAGGCGUCUCCAAUUACGGGCAGUGGCGACUCGAACUUCAGUCAUCGUGAGGAGGAUGUCGAUCUCGAAGCCGGUAAUCGAGAAACACUUCGACGAGAUGCCGAACGACAAGCGGCUCUUCAACUGGAACGAGCAAAG